AUGUCUUCUGCUGUAAACCCUGGUCGUACGAUUCUAGCUUCGAAUAUUGCAAAGACGUUUAUAGAUGAGAUUCAGAAUAAGGUACUAAAUGUCAAAAAGAUUAAACCAGAGGGUCCUCUGUUAGUGGGGUUUUUAUCCAACGAUGAUCCUGCAGCAGAAAUGUAUGCAAACUGGACUAAAAAAACAUGUGAAUCGAUGGGAAUAAGAUAUGAACUAAGAAGAAUUGACGAUAGUGAUUUCUUAGAAGAAGCCAUCAUUGAGGCUAAUAGAGAUGAUGAUGUUAAUGGUAUAAUGGUUUAUUUCCCCGUGUUCGGCAAUGCACAAGACCAAUACUUGCAACAAGUGGUAGCUAAAGAAAAAGAUGUUGAAGGGUUAAAUCAUCUUUAUUAUCAAAAUCUAUAUCAUAAUGUUAGAUAUUUGGAUGCAAAUAAAAAAUUAAAAUCGAUUUUGCCAUGCACACCUUUGGCAAUUAUUAAGAUAUUAGAAUAUCUGAAGAUAUAUAACAGUUUAUUAGUAGAAGGAAAUAGACUCUAUGGUAAAAAAAUCGUAGUGGUUAAUAGAUCAGAAAUUGUGGGAAGACCUUUAGCUGCUCUACUAGCUAAUGAUGGUGCUAUUGUGUAUUCAGUAGAUGUAAAUAAUAUUCAAAAAUUUACAAGAGGAGAAGGGUUAAAGUUUACUAAGCAUCAAGUAGAAGAUUUGGGAAAUUUUUCAAAUAGCCUUUUGAAGGAUAUUUCAGGUGAAGCAGAUGUUAUCAUCACAGGUGUUCCUUCUGAAACCUAUAAAUUCCCGACUGAGUACAUCAAAGAUGGUGCUGUUUGUAUUAACUUUUCGUCAUCAAAAAAUUUUGAAGAUUCAGUAAAAGAAAUAGCAUCUCUCUAUGUUCCAAGUACUGGUAAGGUAACAAUUUCCAUGCUAUUGAGAAACAUGUUCAGGUUGAUGGAAAAUGUUGAAAUAACAAAGUAA